CUCUUUUGCUUAAGUAUCCUUCCUUUGAAAUGAACAAAAAACACUUGAAAUUAUAUGUACAUUGUAUAAUCCGCUUAGUCACAUGUUACAUAGGUUACCAUAAUGGCGACUUACAUGUAUGUUAUUAUAGCAUUCGUUGAUAUUAUAGGACAGGUUUUAGCAGACACAACGCAGAAUAGUAGAUCGACACCUGUGGAGAUGACAUCAAAUAAUUUGGUGGAGAUAGAUAGUAAUGAACCAGAUUCUAAAGGACUAGGAACGAAAGGAUUGAUCAUUUUGUUGGCCGCUGUAGGAAUGAUCUUCAUUAUAACCAUAGUAGUAGCACUGCUUGUGAUACGCAGGUUCAAGAAAAAGAAAAUUGAAAUUCGUGCAAACCGUGCCAGUUACGUAAACCAUGGCUAUGAACAAACGGAAUCAGAAGCUUUUACAAAUAAACCAGAACGUGACGGAUCACAAAAUUCUCGAACACUACCUCCGGUGAAACCUACCAGAAGAUCCAGUUCCAAGAAGAGUCAGAACACAUGCUAUGUAAACAUUGAGAUUGGGGCUGUUAAUAAACCAUUUCCAACUACAUCCCUCCCGAGAAACAUUGAUCAAAAUGUAGAACUGGUAGUUCCAAAUUUAACAUCGAAAACCUCUAGUAUGGGUUCUAGUAUUCCAUAUAUCGAUGCAUCUAAAGAAAAUUUAGACAUUAUCAGUGAAAAGGGGAAGACGUCCAUGGAAAAUUUAAAAACAAAUGUCUCACAAAGUGCCGAGGAAAUUCGAACGUAGCUGAUUGCUUAAGUUUGUGUUUUAUUGAUUUUGUGUUUCAAAUAAAAAUAUCUUUGUUUUAUAAUUUAAACACUGUAUUCAAUCAUGAUUCAUUAUUAACAAGAUUGAUACAAACGGCCAGUGUGAAGUUUUCUCGUCACAUUACAUCCUUCUUCCGCUAUCUACAAUAGACUUGGUGAAAAAUGUCUUGUAAAGGACAAACUAUUUUAUAUUCGUAAUUGAAACGUUUCUCGCAUUCUCACACGACAUUUCUUGGUAUGAAGUUUUACCACCGUUUUGGAGAAAUGGUUCACUAUUGUAUAAUUCAGAAAUAAUUCAUUAAAGCCAUAGAUUUGUUUUAAAUUCACACAUGGCUCGGGCAGUAAUACUAGCAUUCGCAUUGUAUCCUGAACGUUAAUAAAAUGCUAUACACACGGCAAGGAUUAGCGAUUGCCAGUUUUCCCAGCGGAGAAAGUGUAUGGCAGUUAUGUAAAAGAUUGUAAGUCAUAUGAUUCAAUGAAUGAAAGCCGUAAACUAUUUGCUAACUACUUGAUUUGUUGAAAAUUACGUUAUCGGUGAGCCUAUAAUACCGCCAAGAAUGUGAACAACUGUUCCAAAUGAAUAUACUUGUGUGUUCCUUUCCAGGAAAGACAAACUGUAUUUUAUGAAAAGCUUUGCUAUUCUACUUUCAUUUAGUGCUUUUAAAUGUUUAAAAUUUAAACUUUAAAUAAACAAAGAAAGAUUUAUUUGAUUGUAUAACAUAUCUAUGAUUUUUAUUUUUCAAAAAACAAAAAAUCGAAAAAUCAUUA